AAACCUGACAGUUGCUCUAUAAAUAAUCUAAUCUCGUCCAAAACACAUUCACCAAUACAUAUCUCUAGUGAGAGAAGAAGAACAAAAAGGAAAAGAAACAGAGGAAACAUGGAAGCUCACAGUCUCCCAAACCCAUGUUCCUUCCAUGUUCUCACAUUCCUUUUCACCAUUCUUCUAUUCAUCUCCCACCACACCCAACCAGUCUCAGCCUCCACCACCACCACCAAUCAAGCCAACACAAACUUUAUCAGUGCCGCCUGCAACACCACCACAUACCCACCACUUUGCUUCAAAACCUUCUCUCCCUAUGCCGCCGUUGUUCAAACCAACCCCUGGAAGCUCAGCAACGCCGCCCUCAACGUCACCCUAAGAGCCGCCAAGAGCACGUCUACACUGCUGUCGAAGCUUGCUCUACAGAAUGGCCUCACUCCCAGAGACGUAGCUGUCAUAAAGGCCUGCAUAGAGAACAUAAAAAGCAGCAUUGAUGAGCUCAACCAAUCUAUUCAAGCAAUGGGAGCUUUAGGUAGUAGCUCUGACAAGCUGUUUCAGAUGGAUAGUAUCAAGACUUGGAUGAGUGCCGCUAUCACUGAUGAGACUACUUGUACAGAUGGAUUUUAUGACAGCAUAGUGAGUCCCAGUGUGAAGAACACAAUCAGCAAAAGCGUUUUGAAUUUCAACAGACUUACUAGUAUUGCUUUGGCUCUCAUCAACCACCUCGUUUAUUAAGUAUGAAACAGUAAAAUAGUGUUUGAUUGCUGAAAUGAUUUUUAUUUUUGGUUGAAAUUGUCGUUGUGAUAUCUGGUUCCGUAAAAGGAAAAGAAGUAUAUAUUCCAAAUGAAAUUGUGAUUUACUAACCAGUACAAUGCCCAUUCGAUUGAGAGAUCAAGCAAUAAUUAUUCCAUUCCUACCGCAAAUUAUCCUUAAGAU